UUAAGUGAGCAAAUUUUGGUUAAUGCAUCAAUUCAUAAUUUAUAUGAUGAAUAAAACAUUACAAUGAACACAUAGUUAUUAUUAUUGUAAAAAAAAAGAACACAUAGUUAUAGUUAACCCUUAGGAAAAUACAUGCAACUAAUACAAUUAUCUUACAGUCAAUAGAAUUAUUCACCUAACAAAAAUAUAUCUCAAUAGUAUGGAAUUAAUUAACUGUUGUAAUUGUGUGAAUUGAAUUAGUCUCUUAGUAAUUAACAUAGAUUGAAAAAAAAAAUCUUAUUUUCAAGUUUUCAUCUAAUAUAUUGUAUAAGUUUUAUUUAAUUACUUGUUUUUUUCCUAAUUCAUUUUCGGUUGUGUAUUCGGAGUUUAGAUUAGAAAUUGGAUCUGGGGCAAGUGUGUCCAUUUUUCAAAUUUAGAGAGAUAAUUUUAAAUAUCUAGGGCGUCAAUUAUUAACCCCCUAAAAUUAAAGAGACGAGUAAGGCGAAAGCGGACAGGUUGGCGAUGGCGAUGGCGAUGGCAUACAGCUCCCUGUUUUGUUAGAAUACGCAAACCCAAACAAUACAAAACCAACCCCACUCUCCUCCCAAUUCUUCUCUAAUCUUCCACUUUCCUUUUCGGUCUCCCCCGCCGCCGUUCACCGUCGCCUCUCAACUGACCACCGACACCCCUUCCCGGUGGUGCAUCAUUUUCCCGUUCCUCUUUUUUUUGGUCGAAAUUUCCCGUUCCUCUCCUCUCAUCAGAAUAACAACAAAUGUGGAAGCAAGAGUGAGAAUUCGACCAGAUUCAUCUUCCCAAAUUAAAAUAUUAGAUUUUCAUUUCACACCCAAAAUCAAUGCAAGACAAAUCAAGAUUUCAGAUCCCAUUUCUCUCUUUCUCUCCUCUGCCAUCCCCAUUAUUUUUUUUGAUAUAACACCCAAAAAAAAAACAAGAGAGAGAAAUAGAUCGUCUGGUUUCCAGCCUUCAACUUCACGAAAGCUCUAUAAUUGGAGCUGAGUGAAGUGGGAGCGCAUUUUCUUUGGGGGUGUUGAAUUUGAAUGGGGCAAGACAACGGCUCCACCUUCACAACCCAGAAGCGAUCCAGCGGCGUCGGGGCCUCAGCCUUACCCACCACCGCCAACGGCAGGGCCGCCGCCCGUACAAUGAUCCCACGGGGCAGGCAGAUCCACAAGACCUUCAACAACAUCAAGAUCACCAUCCUCUGCGGCUUCGUCACCAUACUCGUCCUCCGCGGCACAAUCGGGAUCGGCAACCUAUCCAGCUCCGAAGCCGACGCCGUCAACCAAAACCUAAUCGAAGAGACCAACCGCGUCCUCGCCGAGAUCCGCUCCGACAAGGACCCCGACGACCCUGCCGGCUCCACCGACGAGCCCCAAUUCCUCUCCCUCAACGACACCUACGCCCUCGGCCCCAAAAUUCUCGGCUGGGAUCAACAGCGUAAGGUAUGGCUCUCCCAAAACCCCGAAUUCCCCAGCUCCGUAAACGGCAAACCUCGAAUUCUUCUCCUCACCGGCUCCCCUCCCAACCCUUGCGACAACCCCAUUGGGGAUCAUUACUUGUUGAAAGCUGUUAAGAACAAGAUCGACUACUGUAGGAUUCACGGGAUUGAGAUUGUUUACAACAUGGCGCAUUUGGAUAAGGAGCUCGCCGGGUACUGGGCCAAACUGCCCAUGAUUAGGCGCCUCAUGCUAUCUCAUCCUGAAGUAGAGUGGAUCUGGUGGAUGGAUAGUGAUGCUAUGUUUACUGAUAUGGUGUUUGAGGUCCCUCUCUCCAAGUACACCAACCAUAACCUGGUGAUCCAUGGCUACCCAGAUUUGCUCUUCGAGCAGAAGUCCUGGAUUGCAUUGAACACUGGUAGUUUCUUGUUCAGGAACUGCCAAUGGAGUCUUGAUCUGCUUGAUACUUGGGCUCCAAUGGGUCCAAAGGGCCCCAUUCGUGAGGAAGCGGGGAAAGUGUUGACUGCCAACCUCAAAGGGAGGCCGGCAUUCGAGGCUGAUGAUCAGUCUGCAUUGAUCUACUUAUUGCUCUCACAGAAGGAGAAGUGGAUGGACAAGGUGUAUGUGGAGAAUCAGUAUUACUUGCAUGGGUACUGGUUAGGGUUGGUCGAGAGGUAUGAAGAGAUGAUUGAGAAGUAUCAUCCCGGUUUGGGAGACGAGAGGUGGCCUUUUGUCACUCAUUUCGUUGGUUGCAAGCCUUGUGGGAGCUACGGGGAUUACCCGGUCGAGAAGUGCUUGAAGAGCAUGGAGAGGGCUUUCAAUUUUGCUGACAAUCAGGUGCUUAAGUUUUAUGGUUUUGGGCAUAGAGGGCUGCUGAGCCCCAAGAUCAAGAGGAUCACAAACGAAACUGCAAAGCCAUUGGAGUACGUGGACCAAGUUGAUAUUCGUCGUCCGGUCCAUGAGAAGGAGAGUAGCAGAUCCAGUGAAACAAAGAGUUAGCCGGGGAGGUGAAAGCAAAGCCAUUUGUUACAAUGUUUGUCAUACUUAUGUAGGUAAAUGUAAUCUCCGUUUUUUUUUUUGUGGCGAAACGUGCAAUUCAUCCAGUCAAAAAGGCAGGCCUACAACCCACUUCAACAGAGUUUUACAGCUUUUCUCACGCAAGUUUUUGCUUCCAUUAUUGUCGUCUUUUGUUUGUGUUUUCUCAGAACACCAGGGGUAGAGUUAAUUUAUAGAUGGACAAUUCAGUUUGGUCUUCCCUGCUCUGUGUUUUAGUUGUGGAUGGAGGAAAUGGAUGAUAAAUCAGUUAUAUGUUGCGACUUAGGUUUCUGAUUCUGAAAAUUGAAAUGGUACUCUACUGCUUUAUAUAUUCCUUGAUUCAGCUCAAUGUCAUUGGAUGCUUUCUUAUUGUUUCUUGUUUUCACUAGUUCUUGCUGGUGUGGCAUGCAGAUGCAACCAGAUUACCAGAUCUUGUGUUUGUGGCGUUUGCAACAUAUGUCAUGCUGAUAGCUGGUGUUGGCACUUCAUAUUUAUUUUUUCUGUCGCAUUGUUGGUCAUGUGAAAGGAAGUAGCGUCCUGCCAGCAAUGUACUUUAGUUACAGGUCCCAUGAUAACAGAAGUAACUGUACAUGCAUGUGGCUGUGUACUAGCUGGUUGACUGCGUUAUUGUAACUCUGCUGCUACCUUGAUCUUUCUUUUCUGUCAUUGCAUGUGUGCAUAUGCAGUGGACAUUAAUGAUAAGAAUUAAGAACCCGAUAUGCAUGAUAGUUGCUGCUGCUGCUGAUCCAAUAGAAUUAGGACGACUUCUCAUAUCUGUUAUUGCUUUUGUUUCUAUAUAUAUGUAGCGGGAACCCAUUGUUCUUCUGGUUUCAUGAGUUGUCUGUUUCUCAAGUGCUAAAUGAAAGAACACACUAGUUAUAAAGGUUUGACAGUUGA